AUGAACACGGAGCUGGGCGUGAGGAGGGAGUGGGAUCCGCGGAUGAACACCGAGCCGGGCCUGAGGCUCUAUUCUCUCGUUAGGCGGCUCUUCACAAUCGAUGACUUUGAAAUCGGGCCUCCUCUGGGCAAGGGGAAAUUUGGGAAUGUGUACCUGGCUCGCCUCAAGGAAAACCAUUUUACUGUGGCCCUGAAGGUUCUUUUCAAGUCCCAGAUAGAGAAGGAAGGACUGGAGCACCAGCUACGCAGGGAAAUUAGAAUCCAGUGGCAUCUACAACACCCCAAUAUCGUAAGGCUGUACAAUUACUUCCAUGAUGCUCGCCGGAUAUACCUGAUUCUGGAAUAUGCUCCAAAGGGUGAGCUCUACAAGGAGCUGCAGAAAAACCAGAAAUUCGAUGAGCAGCGAACAGCCACGAUAAUAGAGGAGUUGGCAGAUGCCUUGGCUUACUGCCAUGACAAGAAAGUGAUUCACAGGGAUAUUAAGCCAGAAAACCUGCUUCUGGGAUUCAGGGAGCGGAGUCCUCGCCAGUGA